UAAUUAUGCAAUGAAGGCUGUUAAUAUUAUUCAAGGUCCAACGGAUGCCAUUAUAAUUCAUUAAUUCAUUUCAUUGCUGCAAAACAGCUAUUAUAAAAUGGCAGAAUGAAGAAAAUGAGUAAUAAUUCGAAAAUAAAAUACUGAUCUUGCGUCGAUUAGUGUGAACUUGCAGAGAUCAAAGGAUUAUCUUUAUUGUAUUACGUCAUGGAGAUUUUUUAUCAGUGUGCGUGAGCUAUAGCCUGCAAAAUGUCAAAAACUCAACAGAAUUUCGAAAGAUGCUGUAUCAUUUGCAAAACGGUACAUAAUUUUUACCAUUCAGUUUAAUUCGUUCUACUUGCGCACCAAAGUUCUGCCUCGCAUUGUCAGGUACUCUGUAUGGAUAAGACUGCUAAUGUCAGUGAUAGAUCAUAACAUUGCCGAUAUUUUUAGUCGGCCAUCUAGAUGAAGAUGCGUUCAUUAUCCAUCUUGGUAUCCCUUUAAUAUCUUGGUACCCCUUUAACCUUUUAAAUACUGAUUUUUUAAUGAACAUGAUGAAAAAGAUGACUAAUAUUUUUCCUCACACGUGUUGAGCGUGGUCUGACCUUGGAACAUGAUACGGAGCAUGCAUUACAUAAUGGAAAGUUCCUGGAUUAUAAUCUCACGUUUUUUUACGGUUGCUCAAUCACAAUAACUUCGCGAUGCUUUAAAGCAUCGCACAGCUUUCUGAGGAGUACAUGUAGCGAUGACUAUCAUCUCACGGACUUAGGAAGUUAAUAACUUUUUUUUAAGAGAUAUACACUAAAAGUCGAUUUUUUAUCGACAGGUUUUUAUCUAUCCACGCGUUUUUUAUAUUGUAUUUACUUUAAUCGAUGGAGCAACAUGUUACGUCAUUGAUAGGGGAAUUGGAAAGUGGGGAGAAAUGAUAUAAGAAACCUGCGAUACAUUCCACCAGUAGUGAAUAACGAUUCAUCACGAGACAUAUAGUGUGGUGCACGUAUUUAAUGAGGAGUAUUACUCUGUGAAAAGUGGUUUGAUCGCUCGAAGAAUUAAGGACGAAAUCGUCCGACCGCUCUUCCGUAGCUAUGGCAGGUACUGAUGAGAUGCUUAAAGAUCCUACUCCUACUACUACUACGGAUAUUAGUGACUCAGAAAACUGUACUGAAAAGGAAUACUUGAUGAAAUAUCGUGAUAUAAUGCAUGGUACAACCGAGCUUCCGGGCGAUUUCGAUACUUGGACCGCGCAAGAGCAGUACGAUUGGAAGUAUCGGAUUAUAAUGAAAUUCACCUUAAAUAUACCUAAUUCUUUGAGGGACAUGGUGCCGGCCAUCAUGACUCCGAUAAAUUCCAACAUAUGUCAGGAGGAAUUGCCCGAAUGGAUGGACAUAGACAAAUAUCGCAGAGCGCAAAAGUUUGUGAGCGAGCAUUAUUUAUCAAUUGUCCUAACCAAUCUAUUGAGUCUCGUGUACUCUUUUACCUUCGACGAUGGUCUGAAAGGAUUCAUUCUUGGAGGACACACCCAUACACCGUACUUGGCAUUCAAAAGGUAUCUGAUUACCGUAAAACGGAUGCUGGUUUGGUAUGACGGAGAUCCUUGGGUCAAAGGUACGAAGGCCUACAGGGAGAUGAAAAUUACGCACGAGAAACACCUAGCGCUAACUAGAAAGCUGGCAUUGGCGAGUGAAGAGCAAAUAGACGCCGCGUUGAAGAUUGAGAAUCCAUGGUGUCCGGAGCGUGAAUUGUUUCGGAAAGACUUCGCCGCGCUGUGUCCGUUCGCAAAGAUCGAUCAACGUCCUUACAAAUUAAUGAAAUAUAUACCAUAUACGAUCAAACCGAAGAGUAUUAAUAAUGCAGACAUGUCAGUUGUUCAAGGCAUGCUUGUGGUUGUGCCCAUUCUGUAUCCGCAAUAUAUCGGGCUGCACAAUAUAACUGAUGAGGAUCUAGAAAGUUUUUGCUACAUGUGGAGAUGCUACGGAUAUUUUCUCGGAGUGGAAGACAAGUAUAACUUUUGCCGUGGCAGCCUCGAGGAAAUAAAACAACGUGCUGUGGAUUUAGCUGAAACUUGGCUAUUACCCAAUUUUAGAGAAGUCAAUGAAAACACAUUGCAUUUAAUAAGAUGUGCUACGGAGUCUCUGAGUUAUUUUCCCUUAGUGAUUAUUUCUUCUAAGAUAAUAAUGCUACUACUUGUAGGAGCAAUAAAUAUAAACAUGCCCAAUUUGUAUGCAUCACUCAGUUACAGAGAGUGGAUUAUUUAUAAAUUUUAUACGUUUAUAUUACGUCAUGCGUUGAAAUUCUCAGUCAUGAGAUCACUUGUUAAAGGAUUAUUAUUUAAAGUUAUUGAAGCCGCAUCGAAUUUGAAGCCGGAGGAGUUGGCGAAACUGCACGAGAAAUCAAAACAACAAGUGCCAGAUUUUUCUAUUAAUUUAUAACGGAUAUAUUUAGCGGAUAUGUUAAUUUAUAAUGAUAUAUCCUGUGUCACAAGAAACAUGGUGCACUUAUCAAAUGGUCUUCUAUCGAAUUCAUACCAAAGUGGUGAACGUAAUCGUACGCGUAUACAAUACGACCUAUUAUCUAUUAUAGACAUAAUUCAUAGAGAUUUUAUCAUAUAUAAUGUGUGAUUUUGCUGUACAUUAAAAUUUUAUCUUCCGCACAAGUAUA